GUUUAAGCUAAGCGGUUCAGUGCAACGGUUGCGUUACGCUUGAUUCCGUUUUAAUUUCGUUUGAAAUAUAUAAAUCGAACUACCGACUGUGUGUUCACAUGAAAAGUUUUCGGAUUUUUUUAGUUGUUGUUGUAUUCCUCGCUCGUUCAAUCAGCCUUUCAAAGUUUGUUGUUUAUUUAUUGUGUUUUUUUCAAUUAUUUUUUAUUUUGAACCGAGAGUGUUGUUAAAUCAGAUCAGCAUGAAUUUCCUUAAUUUAUCAAAAUAGAAAUAUAAAUUAACGUGUGAUUAUUGCUAGGGAAUUUUUUUUAAAAAUAUUUUUUGGUAUUAAUUUAGUGUUAACACGUCUCAUCUGAAGUUGGUGGUAUUUAUAGAAAAUGUUUUGACGCAAGAAAUUCAGAGGAUUUUUUUCUUCUUCUUGUAUUAAUUUGAGUUCAUAAAUAUACAAAAAAAAAAAACUGUAAAGAAGAGAGAUGAAUAUAAUAUGAAAUGGAGUUGAUAUAUUGAACAUCGUGUCUAUUUACAUUGGAUAAAUAACACACAAGAAAAAAAGUUAUGUUUACAUCUCGUAGAAUGUGUGCUAAAUUAAGAUUUUUGUGUAGAAUUUUUGUUUUAUGAAUUUUUGAUUUGAUUACUAAAUACCAAAUCGUACGCAUAAACUAACUGUGCGUAUACAUCAGUUCUUUAAUCGGACAUUACAACUGCCACACAUAUGUUUUUCGAGACUUGAGAAAAUUGUGGAGUUCAGUUCACGAGAGGAAAUUGUUUGACUAUAGUAAGACACAUUCCUUGUUCGAAAAGGAUAACGUUUGAGGAUAGUGAAUUUUGUUGUUAAAAUUUUUAUUAAAAAAAAUUGCUUGUUGUCUCUGGAUCGAAAGGCCAGAACAGCAUAAAUAAUAAACAAAACCCAAAGUUUUGGAUUACACACGAGAAAAAAAAGAAGAAGAGAAUCUCUGAAGCAGAGGCAUAUCGUCGUAUACUUCGGGUCCGCAGACAUGGCGCCGAGAUCACGAAAGAAAAAGGCACAUGCUCGCUCCCUUAUGUGCUUCUGCGACGGCCACUGCCCGGAUAAUUUAGUAAACGGAACAUGCGAAACAAAACCUGGUGGUUCGUGCUUCAGUGCAGUGGAGGAGGUCUUAAACGAAAGUAAUGGCGAAUGGGAAUCAGAACGAACAUAUGGCUGCAUGCCACCAGAAGAGCAUGGAGGUCUUAUGCAAUGUAAAGUGUCACCAACUCUGCACGGGAAAAAUAUCGAGUGCUGUGAUAGCGAAAAUUUUUGCAACAAAUUCGUUCAUCCGAAAUACAUACCACGCACAACUACCCCGCCUCCAGCUCAACCAAUCGAUGAUUCGACGGUUUACUUAGUAGCACUGAUUGGUUCAAUGCUUGUGUGCAUCGCUGCAUGUAUUAUGGUUAUCCUAGCGCUGUAUGUAAUACAGAGACGACGAGAACGGAAGAGGAGACAAGCCUGCCUAAUCGAAUCGAUACGCAGUAGUCACACAUCGCCACUGACAAGUUUAGUUGAAAGAACAUCCGGUUCGGGCAGUGGGCUUCCAUUGUUGGUACAGCGAACGAUUGCGAAACAAAUUGAAUUGUGUCAUUCCCUUGGCCGUGGACGUUACGGUGAAGUGUGGCUAGCUAAAUGGCGUGACGAGAAUGUGGCGGUCAAAGUGUUUUACCCCGAAGAGGAAGGCAGUUGGUUUAGGGAAACGGAAAUCUAUCAAACCGUCCUGAUGAGACACGAAAACAUUUUGGGUUUCAUUGCGGCCGACAUUAAUGGAACGGGAGCCAGAACGUUGAUCACCGAUUUCCAUGAACUGGGAAGCUUAUACGAUUUCCUGCAACGACACGUAUUGAAUGCCGACCGACUGUACGAUCUAGCAUUUUCAUUGGCAUCCGGAUUGGAGCAUUUACAUUUGGCUAACUUGGGACGACCAGCCUGUAAACCCGGUGUCGCCCAUCGAGAUCUAAAGAGCAAAAACAUUUUGGUCAAGCAAAAUGGCCAGUGUGCCAUCUCCGACUUUGGCAUGGCCGUCAAAUUCAUGUGCGACACCGGAAAAAUUGAUGUACCCGAAAAUGGACGCGUCGGCACCUACCGAUAUAUGGCACCGGAGGUUCUCAGCCAAACCCUAAACAAGGACCAAUUCGAAGCAUUCAAAACGGCCGACAUGUACUCGUUAGGUUUGGUGUUCUGGGAAAUGGCACGUCGGUGCACGUCGCUGAAACGCGGCACCAGGAACACAACAUGCGAAGAAUACGCCAUGCCGUACCAUGACGUCGUGCCAUCCGAUCCGAACUUGGAGCAAAUGUGGACGGUGGUGUGCGAGUCGGGAAUGCGACCGAUUGUGCCGGCCCGAUGGGAAGACGACGAAAUGCUGCAAUUGAUGGCAAAAUUGAUGGAAGAAUGUUGGCAUGCGAAUCCAUCGGUACGACUGACAGCGCUUCGUGUUAAGAAAUCGUUGGGCAAAUAUCGACAGAAUCCACACGACAUGGAUCACAGUGAUUUAACGUUUAACGUCUAACGUUUCUCGGUUUUAUGGUUAUGUCUGUGUGUACCGAAUAUUGGUAGCGUGUGCGUGAUUUAAUAGGUUUUAGUUUUGUGACGACUGUUUUAUGUAAGUGUAAUGAACGGACCCGAGAGACGGUUUCGAUGAUUUUAAUCGAAGGCAAAAAAAACUGUGCGCAAAAAUUGACUCAGUGCGAAGGACUGAACUGAAGAAUUUGUUUUUUCAAUUUUUUUAAAUUUUUCUGGUGCCUUUUUAUACAUUGACAUUAAGUGGAAUUAUGCCUUGAACGGAACAUGAAUUGCCUAACCAUUUUCGAAUCGAUCGAUUCGUAUGAAAUUGUAAAUAUUUAAAAAAAAGAAAAAUUUCUUAUUGAUUGCGUGUAUACGGAUGGGUCGUUACGUAAAGAUCGUAAGACGUAAAUAAAGACGAAGAAAA